AUGCUGCCCUGGGCGUCUUUCUCUCGGCGGCAGCCUACGCAGCCUCCGUCGUCGCGUCGCUCUGUCAACGCUUUCCGCGCAUUAUGUUUCGCCGUCGCUCUCGUCGCCGCUCUCGCUCCUCCCUCCGUUGCUUCUUCAUAGCCUCUACGUCAUCUGACGUCAUGGCACACGGCCAUAGGCGAUUGCCGAUACUUUUGCCAGACAAACGCUUGUUUUUUUGUUGUUCUAUCUCUUUCUUUUCAUCUCUUCUUCUCUUCAAAGCUUUCCACUUCCUCCAUCUUUCUUGGCCUGUCUCUCUCUUUCUCUUUCUUUGUCUAUCUUUUUUCCCUCUGAGUCGCUUUUUCUUUCUGCAGUACCUUGUUGAUAAUCAAAUUAAAUCUAUCGAGAGUAGAUGGCACGCUCAAGUUGCAUUUCCCUCGUCAGAUUUGCAUUAAGGCUUUUAGACUAAGCCACACACGUCGUUGAAAAUAAUGGUUUUUCUGAUGGAUUUCCCAAACAGAAUUGAGAUGAAGCUUCUUUUCACUUUGUUCUUUGAUGAAAUUUGUCCUAAAAUGAUUCGCAACUUAGGCGUUUUUGAAAAGUUAGAGAAAAAGUCAUCUCAGUUUUCGGUAAUCAUCUGAAAAAUUCUCAAACGGAGUUUGAAUGUUUUUUCUUGUUCAGUAGAUUUCUCAAUCUCUCUGAUUCAGCAUUUCUGAUUUUUUAUGCGGCCGCUUUUUUCACUUUGUGACGUCAAGCAGGAACUGCCUUAAAAUAGACCUAAUUAAUCUGCUGACGUUCGUCAAAAAACGAGAAAUUAUUCACCGGCCAAGUGCUUAAAAUCUUGGAGCUUUUCUAUGAUGAGUGGAUGACCAGAAUUUUAUACCAAUCAAAAUCAUAUCUUUCCUCUUUUUUUUUGCUCAAGGAUGAUUGAUAAGUUUUUCUUAAGAGUAGUAAUCACAACUUGCUAUUUGGUUAGGUUUGUAUCACUUUUCUCUUUCAAAUUCAUUUGAUGAGAAAACUAUGAAAGAAGUCAUAUUUCUCUUUCAAACGGUCUUUUUUUGAAGUCUUCUUCGCCGUUCUAACUGUAACUAGAUUCUAGUUUAAACUGCUGCUCUUAUAUUUUUUUAUCAUACGUACCUGACGACUUUAGAGACUUCAACUUUUGUUUGGAAGUAUUUUAUAUAAAAGACUCUAUCCUCUCUGUUCCGCUUGUUUUCCCGUUUGUGUUAACUUCUUUUCUGAAUUUUUAGUUUUCUCUUUUCCCAUUUAUCAUCGGAUUAUCAAUGAUGUGAUUUGUGUUAAAGCUUUUUAGUUGGAAGGAAAUGUCAUCCUCUUUUGCUGAGUAGGAUAAAUGAGUUUUGUCAAUCGGUGAGAGCAAUUAAUGCGGUCAUCCGCUCACAUCAUUCUCUAAGAGGCUACACGUCACUGACGAGUAUUUUCGACUCCUCGUAUAACACGUCUAUAAGCGUAAGGCCAUUUCUUCUCGCAUGAGUUUGCCCCGCCUGACCGCUUAUGGGAACAUUUUUAUUCGCAUGAAGAAGUUUUUGAUAAAGAGAAGAGCAAAAGCAUAUAUGUGGCUUACCGUGUUGACAUUUUGACGUCAUGGCCGCCAAAAGCGGUGGCCCGUGAAAGGAGAGAGGCGCUCGGCCAUCCGGCUCUGCUCUAGCAACUUUUUCUCAACUCACCUUCUGUUUCGUGUACUGAAAUGAUAGAAUUGUCUCUUUCCUUCUGGAUUUGCGAUUUGCGAUUUUCGAUCAUUCGCAUAGUAAUUCUUACAAUCAAGUAAAGUUAUAAAAAAGGAGACAUAGAUUAGCGCAAAAAAAGAAUUUUUCUAACUAUAAAAAUGAUUCGUCUUCAGCAGAAAAAAACUGUUUCUGUUUAGAUAAUUCAUCAAAUUUAGCGACUUUCACAAAAAAAUUAAAUUUUUUUCAAAUUGAAACCGGUUAAGUCUUUUUUUCAAAAAAAUGCGUUUUUUUGAAUCAAAAAACCAUGAAAGUCAAAUGCAUUUUUGGACUCGAAAAAGUUACUCCUUUUUUUCAAAAUUUGAAAGGCUGUGAAAUUUGAGACUUUCAGCAUUAUUUUUUUAAUACUUUAGGAAUUAUGUGAAAAUUUUUUUCUGCUGAUGAAAUUUUAGCAGAAGAAGUUUUUUUCAUCCAAUUCACACGAACUCUCUCAAACAUGAUUUCGUUUUCGUUUUGUUACUAAUUCUUCCAUGACCUUUCGUGACUUUUCUCUUUAUAAAUUAUUUGCGUUCAUAACGAAUACACGAACUUUCGAAAGCACCUGCUCGGAUCUUCUUUCAUUUCGGAUACGCAAAAGUUCAUCAGCUUCUUUGGAAAAGCGUGCGUAAUUAGAGGAAAAGUUUCUAAUGAAUCUCAACGAGCGCACUUUUUUAGACGUCAAAAAGUCUCAACGCCUUAUUGUCUGGAUGAAAAAUGACGCUUGAUUCUCACUACCUUUUUUGUUCUGCGAAAAUCUCGAAAGUGCUGUGCCGCUAUAAUCGAGAAGCAGUCUUUCAAAUGUCAUAAGGAUAAGACUCUUUCGAAAACUGCAUGGGAAAUCAGUUGUUUUUGCAAAGAUUUCGUUGGAAGCUCUCAAGAAAAGCCACAACAACUCAUUGCUGUUUCAGAUAUGCCUAGCGGGAGGCAGCGGCUGACGUCGACACGUUCAUUAUGAAUCUCGUCACACUGACCUCGCACCUAUGCACGACGACAACUGAAACGUGUGUUUUUACUUUUCUUUCACUUCCUCCUGCAAUCCGACGCUUCUCGGGCACCCUCAUUAGCGUUGUAUACGUAAUAAUUAGAAUCACGUCAGAGAGUUUCCGCGAAAGCAAACGCCAUUGAACAAACAUGACUUCUCUAUUAAUAAAACUUGAGAGAAAAAUCAGGAACUCCAUUUGUUGAUCGAAAGCCGGUAAAUCGUGAUCAAAGAGUUUGGUGUCUUGCUUCAGAUAAUUUUUUGGCAAUGAAAAAGGUAAAACAGAGCGCCGCAAAAAGGACAAGAAAGAGGUUAGAUACGAUAAAAAUCGAUGGUAAGUUUAGUCUGAGAUAAUCCGAGAUAGGCAACAUACUACUAAAUAGAUGACCGAAUGGGCGAUAAGAAGUUGCGUGGCCAACUGUGGGAAAGUGGGAGGUUGAGCUGCGUCGGAGCCGCCCGUUUCCAUUGGUUCUUUCUGUUCCUGUCCAUUUUUGUCUUUCUAUUCUCUAUUUUUUCCACCUUAGCAGAUUGACUUUCUAAAUUUGAAAUUUUUUCUAGAAAGCUCAUCUUAAUAACUAUAAAUAACGUUUAAUCAAAGCGAAAGUUAUCUUUUUGAAAACCAUCAUUUUUUUUGUGAGAAAAGCCACUAUAACUUUCAGUAAUACGAAAAUUUUCGAAGAUAUUUUCAGACGAGUCAAAAAAGUUUCAAAUUUUAGAAUUGUUGCGCUCCAAUUCGAACGAACUGAUCAUUUUUUACUGGACUCACUAUACGUUAGACAAUGAUUUUCUAAAACUACCGUAACAUUCAAUGCGUGCAGUUUUGCACCAACAACAUUCUAAAGGUCGUGAGAGCCAAAAAAUGUACUCUUGUCUUCAAACAAAGUUUUGGCUGGCAACAUAGCGUUGUCUCACGGCAUUUCAAGUAAAGAUCGCCUUACAAAAGAGUCAGGCGCACAGAAUGUUCUUUCAAAGCCACCACAACUCUUAGUGUUUACUUUUUCGAACAGUGAAUAAAGACGCCCACGUACAGGCGCCUCAAAAAUCUGACCCGUAAGUACCCAAAAAAGGUGUUGGUUUUGGGACCUUUUACACCGUCGGCUUGAAAACUUUUUAGUCGUUUUGCUCGACCAUAUAAUCACGCCGACCGUCGAGACUCGCUGUUUACAUGUGUUGCUCUCGUAGGUUUUUCCCCGGCUUCCCGUCUCAUUUCUCCUCCUAACUACUUUCCCUUUUAUUUGUCUGUCGUUCCAACCCUCUCAAGUCCUUUCUUAUCUUGUUUAGACAACUGUAACUACAGUAUCAGCUUUGAUGAUCUGUGAUCUCAAAUCGAACUCCUUCCUGAUCACAUCACCUGCAACAGCAUAAAGAUGAUAUGACGACAUUUUUUUGUAAAGACCCUUUUUGUUUGCUUUUGCGAUUUUAAAUACAAAGAGUGAAAGACUGAAAGUUGUCUUUGCACUGCUUGCUCUUCCGAAAUUCCAUAUCUUUUCAAUUAACGCAAGACACAUUUUUUCCAUAUCACGGGGUUUGAAGGGUCCAACACCUGUAAUAAACCGUUUUUUAUAGCUUGAAACGAACUAUUCGCGAAUGUUGUGCCGACGUCAGUUUUCCUGAUAACCUAUUGUUCUCUCGGCCGGCUUCAGCUCCUCACUCUCGGCUUAUCUCCCUCCCGCCGCUUCGUAAUACCUAUUGCUGUGUUAUCCGCUAAUCUCUUCGAUUCCUCUAACAUUUCCUGAUGCCUCUUCCGAAAAGUGUUUUAUUUCAAAAGACUUAACUCUUCGGUGACAUUCUUGCUAAUCUCAUUUCCUUGCAAGCGGUCAUUGUUUUUUGGAUUCGCAAAAGCUGUAAAAGGAAAAAUAUUCCGAUCGCUGAAAGCCAUCACCCUAUGUGAAAAAAUUUUUAUUUUUUUUCCUUUUUUUCAUGAGUUUGAGAUUAUUUGAGCAUUGAAGUUUCUAGCGACAAUAUCAUCUGAUUUAGGUUUUUGAUUUUAUGCUCUCACCCAUGAAAGUAGCCAGAAAAAAAUGGAAUUCUCCCGAGCUUUUUAUGAAAAACCGAUCCGAGUUCAUGCGUGGGCGACGCAAUUAGUUGAAGAUUACGGUGUAGCCCUGUCCUGCCAGAAUAAACCCGAUCAUUCAACAAAAAAAGAUGUGCAUUCACUGUCCGACCAAUCCUACUUUAUUUUUUCAUUCACUCGGACCAUAAAUUUCACGUGAUCGCUGUACGUCCAGUUUACUUUUCGAGUAUUUUUUGACUCAAAUAUUUUUCAAUCGUGCUGCAUUACGUCGCUGUUUUCACAUCAUUUCACUUUGUAAUUUAUAGGAUACCAGAAAAAUUGAGCCAUUGCUCAAAAUAUGACUAGAUGCUCUGCUCCAAAAGAAAUUAGCGUGAGGUGAGUUUGUGAAGGGAUAUGGUAGUGUGAGAAGCUACGAAAUUUCGGGCUGGGGAGGUCAAAUUGGAGUAAAUGGAAAAAGGCUUUUUUGUGUUAUUCAAAUAUUCGAAAUGAAGGAUGACGUGACCUCUUUUGCAGAGAGGAAAACGCCGAAAAAUGCGAGCAGAAUGCGACCAAUUGCAAAGAAAGCGACCAAACGAAGAGCAAAGAUUCCGGUCGAGCCACCGAAAUCUGCAAGUGGGUAUCCUACGCGAUUUUGUUUUGCUGAAAAAAAACAAUGAAAAGUUUUUCUAAAUGUGAAAAUAAGGUUUUCUUUUCAUGCGAAUGGAAAGUGUAGAAGCAUGGAGAGAGUUAACAUUUUGAGGGAUCCCCUCAACUGCACGGCGAAAGAAGGAUGCAGUUGCUCCAAAACGAAGGAAGACAACGAAAAAACUUCUUCAGAGGCUCUCUAUGAUGUCUUUCUCGGAGGUUCCUGUGGAACUACGGUAUUCUUUGGAAUUUCUCUCUCUUAUCAAUCAUGACGUUUUUAGGUUUGGCGAAGGCAACUCGUGAUUCCAUUUCUCAAAAGAUGCUCCAUUUCAUAUUACGACCCUCAGCGAAGUGUCUGGAGUGAAAACAUGAUCUAUGAGGAAUGCAUUGCUAAGGAGGUCAAUAAUCUUCCAAUAGUGGUAAUAAACGAAAUAUUUUCAGAACUCUUCGCUUUUUCUUUUUGUGAUCGAUCCGGCUACUGUGAAUGCUACGUCAUUUUUGGAAAUUGCAUAUUUCGCUGCUAGAAAGUCUCCGAAACUUGUGGUUGUCUUUCUCGGGAAAACGGAAUGGGCUGAAAAAGCGCAUCCGGACGACCUGCCCGACCGAAACCGGACUUGUCGUCUGUUGGAUAGGAUUCUGGAAGCUCAUGCCGUUCCGAUGCUGCACAACAUUCAGGUACAGCUUCCGUAACUCCUUCAAAGAUUAUUCUUCAUUUUUUUUGAAUUUUUUUCAGUUCCCCAUUUUAUAAGGUUUUUCCUAAUCAAAAGAACAUCUUUGAAAGCUUAAAAUUUUUGAAUUUUUUUCAUGACUCUAGUUUGAAUUUUUAUUGAGAGAGGCAUGAGAAAGAUUAGAUAGAAGGAAACUGGAGAGUAAAAAAAUAUGGAAAUAUAAAAAAAUUAUAGGAAAUACUAAAGGCCUUUUUAUGUCUUAGAGUUUCUUAUCAAGAUGAAAGAUGAUGAACAUUCGAAAAAUACUAUUUUAUUUUGCCAUGGCAAUUUUUCACAAACAAAAAAGUAUGAAUCGACAUCAGAAAGCCUUAAAAACAGAGAAUAAAAAUAUCUGCUCUGCAGUCUGAACAGUGUUAUUUUUGUGAGGUUUUCAAUCGAUUUUGACUCACCUUAUCAUGUGCGAAGAAGUUCUUUCCUAAUACAUGGUUAUUAUCUGUCGCAGCACUCAAAAUCUUAAAAUCAGAAUGACUCAAUUGCAGGAUGCCCUCGACUUCAUUGAAGAAGAAAUGUUGGGACGAAAGACGUUCAAAGAAGCGAUGAACGAGAAGCGUAAUCGGAUACCGUACGUGAUGAUGAAGGCGCGACAGUGUUCUCGGAAAGCGAAGACGAAGGUCUGCAAGGCGUUCACUUCCUGCCAGUCGCACAUGUCUCGGGUCGCCGUCGCUGGAUUCGCCGACGCGGUCGCUCUUUUUUUCUGCCAGCUGCUCGUGCCUUCAGUCCCGCUUCACUUCUUUCUGGUCCCGCUGAUAUUCAUCAAUUUCGUCGUUUUCACCAUUUCGUCCAAGUGGAAACAAAUGCGGCGAAAUCAUCCUCGACUUGUUGCUGACUCGUCCUCUGUCCACUACAGCACGACACCUGCUAUUCCAUCCCCUCGACUUUCCACCUUGACGACGUCUAUCAAUGGAGGCACUUCAAACCAGAGCUUGAAAAGAAGGACCAAAAAGAAUUUCGAGAAAAUGGCUCCUGAUCAAGAAAACAACGGCUUUGUUGUUCCAAGAUCAUUCACGCAACAAAGGUGCGAUUUCUGUCCAGUUUCUUUCCUAAUUACCAACUUAUUUUUCAGGCCACUAAAGGUAACCAAUGAUUGCACCACAAUUGAACUCUGCUCCAGUUCAUUGAGCGACAACACUUGGGUCCAAGAAAUUGCGGCUCCACUUCUAGAGUUUGCAAUUUGCUAACCGAUCCGAAAACAGUUCGGGUUUUUGCAGUAGCAACGCGAUUUCGUACUCUUACGCCUUGACGAUGCCACUCCUUCUGCCUGAAGUACGAGUUAACUGCUUCAAAAUGUGGCAAAAACAUCACAAAAAAUUCUUCUACUACAUUUCUUCAUCUACAACUUUUCUUUCCGGCAUGGUUGAGGUGAGAAAAAUAGUUUCGUAGUUUGAUUUGAGUGAGACAGAGCAUUUCUCAUAAUGACAUCACUUUCUUACAUUUGCGAUGCAGGUUGCCUACGUGCUAGGCCACUCCAAUUGGCAAGCGACCGUUUGCGUUCCGUCGGCAUCUCAAAUUCUCGAUGGACCCGAAGAGUGCAGCGACGAGGAAGAGAUGGAGCGGCUGGCCCGAAGACGUCGCAACGAUUGCUACCAGAUUGCGUUCUGCUACCUCAAGGUAGGUCGCGAUCUUGUCGAACAUACUCCAUGAGUUUGACUACUUUUUUCCAUUUCAGGUUUAUCAGUUUGUGAAAAAAUUUCGUGCGUUUUGCAAUCGUAAACUUCAAAUCAACUUUUUUUUUACUAGAGGUUUUUUCGGAUCUAGACUCUCACAAAGAUGAUUUUCGCAAGCUCGGAAAACUUAAAUGAUUAAAUUUUUUUUUUAUAAUCAUUGGAACACAUUUUGAAAAGAAAAACGUAAUGAUGAUUUUUUUUAGAUUGAUUUGAGUGAGAGAAAGGAAGCGCGACAAACUUUAAAUUUCACAAACUGAUAAAUUUUCUGAUUCACAUCCGUAUAGGCUAUCCGAGAGAGUUUAAAACGAAACCCAAUCUUGGUCAGUAUUGAAACAUCAUUAAUUUUGCAGGACAUGGCAAAACGACGACAAUGCAGAAUUUACACAAAGAUCGAAGAUGCUGUGCGGAGUGUCGUUGAGCAAAAUGUUCGCGGUUUAUGA